GUGCCUCCGCCGCCGCCGAGGCGCCCGCCCCCUCACUGCAGGUGGCCGCGGGUGCCCCGGGUCCGGGCGGCCGGGGGCGCGGGCGGGCGCGCGGGAGAGCCCGGCUGAGGGAUGGGCUGCGCCCCCAGCAUCCACGUCUCGCAGAGCGGCGUGAUCUACUGCCGGGACUCGGACGAGUCCAACUCGCCCCGCCAGACCACCAGCGUGUCGCAGGGCCCCGCGGCCCCCCUGCACGGCCUCUUCGUCCAGACCGACGCCGCCGACGUUAUUCCCCCGAGCCGCGCGUCGGGACCCCCGGGCGCCGCCCGCGUCCGCAGGGCCCGCGCGGAGCUGGGCAGCGGCGGCAGCAGCAGCAGCAGCAGCAGCAGCGCGGGCUCCGCAGCCCCCGCCGCGACCACCUGCAGGGGCCGGAGGCGCCACUGCUGCAGCAGCGCGGAGGCCGAGACCCAGACCAGCUACACCAGCGUCAAGCAGGUCUCUUCAGCGGAGGUGCGCAUUGGGCCCAUGAGACUGACACAGGAUCCUAUUCAGGUUUUGCUGAUCUUUGCAAAGGAAGAUAGUCAGAGUGAUGGAUUCUGGUGGGCCUGUGACAGAGCUGGUUAUAGAUGCAAUAUUGCUCGGACUCCAGAGUCAGCCCUUGAAUGCUUUCUAGAUAAGCAUCAUGAAAUUAUCGUAAUAGAUCACAGACAAACUCGAAACUUUGAUGCAGAAGCGGUGUGCAGGUCGAUCCGGGCCACAAAUCCUUCCGAGCACACGGUGAUCCUGGCGGUGGUUUCACAAGCGUCGGGUGACCGUGAAGAGGCCUCAGUCCUUCCUCUCCUGCACGCAGGCUUCAACAGGAGAUUUAUGGAGGAUAGCAGCAUAAUUGCUUGCUAUAACGAACUGAUUCAAAUAGAACACGGGGAAGUUCGCUCUCAGUUCAAAUUACGGGCCUGUAAUUCAGUGUUUACAGCAUUAGACCACUGUCACGAAGCCAUAGAAAUUACAAGCGAUGACCAUGUGAUUCAGUACGUCAACCCAGCCUUUGAAAGGAUGAUGGGCUACCACAAAGGCGAGCUGCUGGGGAAAGAGCUCGCCGAUCUGCCCAAAAGUGAUAAGAACCGGGCCGACCUUCUCGACACCAUCAACACCUGCAUCAAGAAGGGCAAGGAGUGGCAGGGGGUUUACUAUGCGAGACGGAAAUCCGGGGACAGCAUCCAACAGCACGUGAAGAUCACCCCGGUGAUUGGCCAAGGAGGGAAAAUUAGGCAUUUUGUCUCCCUCAAGAAACUGUGUUGUACCACUGACAAUAAUAAGCAGCUUCACAAGGUUCAUCGUGAUUCAGGAGACAAUUCUCAGACAGAGUCUCAUUCAUUCAGAUACAAGAACAGAAGGAAAGAGUCCAUUGAUGUGAAAUCGAUAUCAUCUCGAGGCAGUGAUGCACCAAGCCUACAGAAUCGUCGCUAUCCAUCCAUGGCAAGGAUCCAUUCCAUGACCAUAGAGGCUCCCAUCACAAAGGUUAUAAAUAUAAUCAAUGCAGCCCAAGAGAACAGCCCCGUUACAGUAGCAGAAGCCUUGGACAGAGUUCUAGAAAUUUUACGGACCACAGAACUGUAUUCCCCUCAGCUGGGUACCAAAGAUGAAGAUCCCCACACCAGUGAUCUCGUAGGAGGCCUGAUGACUGAUGGCUUGAGAAGGUUGUCAGGAAACGAGUAUGUGUUCACUAAGAAUGUGCACCAGAGUCACAGUCACCUUGCGAUGCCAAUAACCAUCAACGAUGUCCCCCCUUGUAUCGCUCGAUUACUUGAUAAUGAGGAAAGUUGGGAGUUCAACAUCUUUGAAUUGGAAGCUGUUACACAUAAAAGGCCAUUGGUUUACCUGGGCUUAAAGGUAUUUUCUCGGUUUGGAGUCUGUGAAUUUUUACACUGCUCUGAAACGACUCUUCGAGCCUGGCUCCAAGUGAUUGAAGCCAACUACCACUCUUCCAAUGCCUACCAUAACUCCACCCAUGCCGCCGAUGUCCUGCAUGCCACUGCCUUCUUCCUCGGAAAGGAACGAGUGAAGGGAAGCCUUGAUCAGCUGGAUGAGGUGGCAGCACUGAUCGCCGCCACAGUGCAUGACGUGGAUCACCCGGGAAGGACCAACUCCUUCCUGUGCAAUGCAGGCAGUGAACUCGCCGUGCUCUAUAACGACACUGCUGUCCUGGAGAGCCACCACACCGCGCUGGCUUUCCAGCUCACAGCCAAGGACAGCAAGUGCAACAUUUUCAAGAACAUUGACAGGACCCAUUACCGAACACUGCGCCAGGCUAUUAUUGACAUGGUUUUAGCAACAGAGAUGACCAAACACUUUGAACAUGUGAACAAAUUUGUGAACAGCAUCAAUAAGCCAAUGGCAGCUGAGACUGAAGGCAGCGACUGUGAAUGCAACCCUACUGGGAAGAACUUUCCUGAAAACCAAAUCCUGAUCAAGCGUAUGAUGAUCAAGUGUGCUGAUGUAGCCAACCCUUGUCGCCCCCUGGACCUGUGCAUCGAAUGGGCUGGGAGGAUCUCUGAGGAGUAUUUUGCACAGACUGAUGAGGAGAAGAGACAGGGGCUCCCUGUGGUGAUGCCAGUGUUUGACCGGAACACCUGCAGCAUCCCCAAAUCCCAAAUCUCCUUCAUUGACUACUUCAUAACAGACAUGUUUGAUGCUUGGGAUGCCUUUGCCCAUCUGCCAGCCCUGAUGCAACAUCUGGCUGAUAACUACAAACACUGGAAGACAUUAGAUGACCUCAAGUGCAAAAGUCUGAGGCUUCCAUCUGACAGCUAGAGCCAAGACCGAAGGGGACCUCAGGAUCUGCAAAGGGCACUGUGAAUCACAGUCAUGUAAAUAAGAGGUGUUCCUUUCUAGUGAGGAGGUUAAAGAGAUGGUGUUUAAUAUUGGACUCUGAAUCAUCCAAGUCCCCAAACUGCAUUUUUAGAAAGUUAUAUUCCAUGAAGAAAAAUACAUGUUCUUUUGAACACUGAAGAGACAGAAUAAACACAGGGCAAAAUCCUUUGUCCUGUUGUCAUCCUGUCUGUCCUCAUCAAACCAUGGAGCUCAUUUACUAGCAGGACACAUGCAGCAAAGACUUGGUGCCUGUGAGCCCAUCUUGCUGGAUGACAAAGUAGCUUAGUGUUCAGCUUGUCUCUUACCAUAAAAGUCACUGUUAGCUUGACUACCUUCCUCAAGUGUCUCAGUCUGAAGGAUUCAUAAUACUUAAGAACAAGAAACUAUAUAAAAAAUGAGCAAAACAACUAGGACCAAAUAACUGAUAAACUAGUUAGUUUCACCGCCUUAUGGCUAAGCAGUUCCUUUGCUCAGUGGUGUGACACCCAAGGCAGACCACAGCCUCGGCCUGGUGAGUGCCUUCUGUAGACUGGUAGCAGCAGCCCGUGUAGCCCUCCUUCCUAGAAAAGAAAUUCAUUCUAACACAAAGCCCUUCAUGAUGGGGAAGGGACUGACACCUUGUUUGGGGGGAGUGGAAUCCAAGAGCUUCCCUUAUUGCUGGUUUACAGAGGCAGUCACAAGGCACUAUGGUGAGUAUAUAAAAGCCAUUAAAUUUGCCCUUGGAUAAGUUUUUUUUUUUUUUUUUAAAUUUAUAUACAUUUGCUGUUUAAAAUUUUUAUUAAAGCACUCUAAAUUUACUGGGUAUAAGUCCAUGGAGUAGGUUGUGCCGUGUACCAUCUAUACAUAUAUAUUUAGGGGAGGGAUUGGGCAGUUUCAAGGUUCAGAUGUUUUUAACCUAUCUAUAUUUGAGACCUUGCCAUUUUGCUUUAAUGAUGUAAAAAAGACAAGACUGCAAGAUGUGUAAAUAGAUCAGAAAAUAGGCAUAAGGGGAAGCAGUAAAUACUAUUUUAUGCUCUUAGUUGUAUGCUAAAAGCUUCUAAAGCACAAGUGCAUAUUUUUAUACAGCUCUUUUGAAAACUUUCUGUGAUCUACAUGAAGUCAGACUUGAGAUUUUCCUUUCUCUUUUACCAAACAACCCUUCUCUAUGUAUUGUAAAUAUCAAACUCAGUAAACAAAAUAUCUUCCUUUUCCUUUUCAAAUCCUCUGUACUCCCUGCUGCAUUUUUAAGAGGUAUAAACAGAGGCUGAAUUAGUUGAAUAGUAGUUACUUUUUUCAAAUGAAAAUUGGAAUGCAGAACACUUGAAACCAGUACAUGGGAAGAAAAAAAUGACUUAUCACUACAUAACGUGCCAAUGUUUUUUUUCUAUGUUUUGUACCAAAAAAUGAAAUCAUAUAUGACAAUUCCACGCAAAGAAAUGUAUCUAAAUUAUUUUUGUUAGAAAAGCGAAUGUGCUUGGUCAGGACAGCAGCUAGCUUUGCGUUGUAAUGCUGCACUAUGUAAAUGUGAUGAAAAUGUUUUUGUGAUGUACUUGUAACUAAAUUCCUACAGCCAUUUUUCAUUCCCAACAGCUGUUUUUUAUUUUAUCUCUUUGGCCUAAACUUUUCAUUAUUUCAAAAUUUCGCUUUAGUGUCCUUUAUUUCAUGAGUCACACACUUUACUUUCAGACACAUUAAAGUCAGAAUGUCAAAAUCCCAUUUUAAAGAACUAAAAAACUUGCCUAGGCUUCAGAAGCUGGCUCCAGACAAGGACAGUCUUUACCUUGCCAUGUCACUUUCAGUUCCAUUCGGUAAGUAACAUUUAUCAAGAUGUCUGACAUUUUCUGUAUGAAUGUUACAGCUUACUCCCUGUAAUGUCAGAUUAAUUUCAUAAGAACUUAAAGGCUUUAAGACUGCCAGGUACCAAAGCUUUAGCACAGCUAUGAUCUUAAUCAGCGUGUAAUCCUCUGAAUUGCUAACUAAAUAUUAUAUUCUUCCAUAUAGUCUUUCAGCAGGUAUAAACUAUUAUAAAUGCCUCUUUAUACUUAGUUGUUUACUAAAACAUUCUGUGUUGAAGGGACCCCUAUUGAUUGAGAAGAAUGCAAUCUAAUAUAGGUAGAAGUCACAUUAGGACUACUACUUCAUUAGAAGUUAGUUAUAAGGUCAUUCUUGUGGAGGUAACAAUGUUUUAUAAUUCUAAGUCAUUAUUUACUUCCAAUUUUAGAUUUUAAAAUUUGCUUCCUGUCUAAGUCAGGACUGGUUAGUCUUGGGGGCAAAGGACAAGCCUCCAGCUGAGAAAGGAAAGAUACAGUGCCCCUGAAAAUUAGGCUCUUGCUUGUAUUAUGUGAAGACAGCCAGAGAGGGAGGUAAUAGGGGAUUUUUAAAUAAAAAUGAGAAGGCCCACUACAUAGUGUUACUUUGGGUGCUUCAAGGUCAACUUCUAGCAGCAGUCUAUAUACAACUACUAAGCAGCCAUCAAGUCUGAGCCCUAUUAGAAGCUCCCAUCUUCCUUAGUGGGGGGGCUUCCCUCCAGACAGAUAAGAGGAUUAAUGG